AUGGCCGAAGCGGCGCCCGCCCGGGCUCCAGAGAGGGAUAAGCAGACAGACGGCGAAAGCCCUUCGACACCACCUCUGUCACCCCCACCAGCCGCGGAGAACUCUUACCUGUACUCCACGGAGAUCACACUGUGGACGGUGGUGGCCGCCAUCCAGGCCUUGGAGAAGAAGGUGGACUCCUGCCUGGCCCGCUUGCUGACCCUGGAGGGGCGGGCAGGGACGGCCGAGAAGAAGCUGGCGGACUGCGAGAAGACGGCCGUGGAGUUCGGGAACCAGCUGGAGGGCAAGUGGGCCGUGCUGGGGACCCUGCUGCAGGAGUACGGGCUGCUGCAGAGGCGGCUGGAGAACAUGGAGAACCUGCUGAAAAACCGAAAUUUCUGGAUCCUGCGCCUGCCCCCGGGCAGCAAUGGAGAGGUCCCCAAGGUGCCCGUGACCUUUGAUGACGUGGCCGUGUAUUUCUCUGAGCCAGAGUGGGGCAAGCUGGAUGAGUGGCAGAAGGAGCUCUACAAGCAUGUGAUGCGGGGCAACUACGAGAUGCUGGUGUCCCUGGAUUAUGCCGUCUCCAAACCAGACAUCCUGACCCGGAUGGAGAGGGGAGAGGAACCUUGUCCUGGAGGCCCGUGGGGCCAGGAGGAGGGAAGCAGGAGGGAGGUAGCCCAGCCGAGGAGGCCAAGCCCUGGCGUCCCUCCACGUCCAGAGCACAUCCUCGGCCCCGUCAGCCCUGCCCGGGAAGAACCAAAAGAAGAGCAGGUCACCAGGCGCCGGCAAGACUCCGAGACGAGAGUGACCGUCCCCGGAGCAAGCACGGGGCCUCCAGCCGCGGUUAAACAGGAGCAAGAAUUUUCAGGUGGGGAGUCUCCAACAUCCCCUCCCAGGGAGAGGCUGCCCGGCAUGGGGCCAGGCGGUGGCAGCGUGGUCAUCAAGACAGAAGCCCAGUCCGAGGACGAGAUGAUACCCGAGCAGCUCUUCCUGGGCGAGUCCCACAGCCAGCCCGUGUGUAGGAUGGCCAAGGGGCCCAGGAGCAGGACCGAGGGCCCCUGUCGGCUGCGUGCGGCAGGGGUGCCACGGGUGCGGGCGGGGGACCCGCGGGCCCCUGGAGCCCUGGGGGAGCCGCCCCGCGUCCUCCCUCGCCGGCGAGAGCGGACCUUCCCCUGCCCUGACUGUGGGCAGAGUUUCCGCUUGAAGAUUAACCUGACCAUUCACCAGCGGACCCACGUGGAGGAGGAGCCCAGGGAGACUCCGGGGAGCUCGCCCCCUGGCUGGGGGGAGGCCCCCUCCACUCUGGAGCCGGGGGAGGUGGUGGUGCCCGGCCCGGUCAUCCGCUGGCUCCCGGAGGAGCCCGGAGGCCGCCGCUCCCUGGCGGGCCGCUCCCUCCUGGCGCGGCGGCCGGCGGCGGGCAAGGUGUACCACUGCAGCGAGUGCCUGCGCUUCUUCCAGCAGCGGAAGAGUCUGCUGCUGCACCAGCGCCUGCACACGGGCACCAGCCAGGGCUGGCCGGCCUGUCCCUACUGCGGCAAGGCCUUCCGCCGGCCCUCCGACCUCUUCCGCCACCAGCGCAUCCACACGGGCGAGCGGCCCUACCAGUGCCCCCAGUGCGGCCGCGCCUUCAACCGGAACCACCACCUGGCGGUCCACAUGCAGACUCAUGCCCGAGGCCAGGCGGGCCCGCCCUGCCCCACUUCCCCGGCCCUCCCCCGGACGCCCCCGCGACCCCGGCUCAGCCACAGUGAGGAGGGCUGA